UCUAUAGCACAGUUGUGCGGCGAUUCUACAGUUUGAAGGUAGUUGGACGAUUGCCGCAACAUCGCAAGUUUCGAAAUUUGUCGGGUUUUUUUUUUUGAGUUUGCGAUGUGAAUAUGUGUUUAGUUCGUGAUUUCGGAGGAUUAUUUGAGAGAAAUAAUUGUGCCAUGAUGGGUUUGCAGUCGACGACCACCGCGGUAGUGACAGGAAAACGUAAACUAGAAUCUUUAGAUGUGGAAGCUUCGCCGGCAAAGAACGGCAAAUGGGACGCCACUCCUACAGCUACGAGUGACGAUUGCAUAGCUAGAUUGAGGGCGGUAGCUGUACCGGCAGCUGACGCGUGGCGAGCCCCGACACCCUCCUUAGCAGCCACGUUGCUGAGCGAAGACGAGUUUGACGAUGACGAGUUCGAAGACGAACUCAGCGACGAAGAAAAGUGCGCCGGAGUGGUGCCACCUUUCGAACCUCCACCACCGAGAUAUGCUUCUCCUGUUCCUCAACAAUCUUACAGCAGGUAUCAAUCAUCUGAUUAUUGGCAAUAUUACCAACCACCUCAGCAACAAACAAUCCGAUGCGAAGAGAACGGUAAAUCCUACCUGGAACUUGGAGCUUCUCCCCAAGUUAAAACGAGGACGAGAUGUUGUGACGGUAGGACACGAUGGUGUCAUGUACCCUGUUAUAGACAAAGACGACUGGCUGUGUUAAACCUUUCCAUGUGCAAACUGGCGAGGUAUAGACAAUGUUCUGAUCCCUCCUUGCGAAGGUCCGUGCUUAUAUGCAAUACCUUAAGGAGGUUGGAGCGUGAAAUGGAAGCGGAUCCUCCUGAACCCAGUUACCCUAUGUUACCUGAAAUGACACCUCCGACUAGGCCUUGUCCUGUGACUGAACCCAGUGGUUACGAACAAAGUUUGCGAGAUAUGGCUUGUUCUUCGGGUAGGGCCACUCCGUUUCCUUCGCAAGUGCCUGACACAGAUUCCGGCUUGGGGGAUGAAGACAGUGAAUUGACGCGGCCUAUUAAUUGGGGUUCAGUGCUUAGUUUAACGUCACAAACUGACCUAGAAUCGUUAAAUAAUAAUGAACUAUACGCGGAAUUAGGUCUAAGCAAUAGUAGUGAUCAAGAAUGGAAAGAACCAUCGACUUCACGGACUGACUCUAUAAAUGAGUGGGAUGGUUUUAUGCACGUAUUAGUGGGUGGCUCGUAGCAAUAAGCCAGUAAUGGUGGUUUUACUCAGGUUGUGAUCCGUAAAUUAAGAAACUUUUUAUUUCUGUUUAAAAGCGAUUGGACUGGGUACUUAUCGAGUAAGGCUAUGCAUCUCUGAUCUCAAUCGCUCAAUUAACGCAGCAUAGACGAAAAUCAUGAGCAACUAUAUAGGCAUCAGGAAAAUAUAUUUGUGCUCCAAUAAAAUACUUGCCUGUUAUACAGAUUUUUUUCAAUAAUAAUCUAUUUUAUUGAUACCUAAAUAAUUCUCAUUUUGAAUUGAAUUGAAAUUUCAAAAAAAAAAACCGUUACCUAAGCAAAUAUUGGUGAUAUUUUAAGACUAUAAAUGGUGCUUUUUAAGUUAGAUAAUAUACAUGACCAUAAGACUAAGAGGAAAGAAUUGAUUUAUGAUCCUAAUUUACCUUUUUUUUUUUUAAACUCAUUAAAUAAAAAUUCGCUCUAUGCUGCGUGGCUCAAUAAUUUAGGUGAAAAAAAUGAUGAUAUUAAAAAGCCAAUACUAUGGCAAUAUUGUAUAUACUAGAAAUUUUGUAUAUAAUGUAAAUAAGAGAAAUAAAAUAUAGGUACUAUAUGUUUGUACAUAAAAAACUAAAUAAACGUUACUAUAACUGUUUUAAAAAUUAUAUGUGAAAUUUAUAUGAAUAUAUAAUUGGCAGUAUAAUUAAAAACCCAGCGAUUUUUACAGAAUCUAAAUUAAUUUGUUUAAGUUACUUAGCAAAACAGUUCCUUAUUUUUGUAGUUCUUAUGAACAAAUUUUCACACGGAUAUUGACAACUUCUCGUUGGGUGACUUAUUCUAGUCACCUAUCACCAGAAUCUGCCAAGAAGUCGUGAGCCAGUAUUAAGGUUUGAUAUAAAAUUUUAAACAAAAAACUUAAUUAAUAAUGUUCUAAACCGUCCCAAAAACGACUUCUUAAAAGAGGAAGGUGAUAGGGUUAUCUUUCUAAGUGUACGCCAUAUUUCUCUAUAGGUAAACAAAUAAGUCUUUUGAUUCAUUAAAUUUAGAUUUUCAAUUGCCUAAAACUGGUUGUGUUAUUUAGGCUAAUACAUAAAUGAGUCCUUUAUUUUUCUUGCCAUAAAUUACUUUAACUUUUUUUUCAUUUAAUUUUUUUUUUGUUGUCAAUUUAAAACUAUCAAACUAAAUUUUAGCUGGAACAGGUAACAAUACGAGGGCACAAAUUAUGACUGUUAAAACUAUAAUAUUGCAAUUGGUUUUUUAAUACAUUAUGCUUUUAUUCCAUUUCAAAAAAAUAAAUAUUAUGGCAAUCAUAUACAUAAUAUACAGUUUUUAAGAUAAAAAAAUAAACUAGCUGUGUCUUUAUUCUAAAAGAGUUUUAUGAAAUUUUGAAUAAUAUUUUGAUAAAAGUUGCAAUAAAGGAUUUUUUCAUCAUAGGAAAGGGUUCUUUUUAAAACAGUAAUGAAAAGUACCUAAUUUUUUUGACAAACAUAUUAAUAUUAACAUAUGACUCACAUUCCUUUUUAAAAUUGAUAUUGUAUUUUUUUUUUCUGUUACUGUUUUGAAGAAAACUUUUUUUAGAAGGGUGCAAAGACAAAAAGUACUUUUAAAUCGUCCCACAUCGACGUUUCGUCAAUAAUUACAUUUACGUACAACACUUGGAUGUGUGCAAAUAAACAUGUGAUAUCAUGUAAUAUGUUAGAUGUUAAAAAUUAAAUAAAAAUCGGUAUAUUAUACAUAUUACCUCAUUUAUUGUUUUAUAUUUUCAUGUUUUAAUAUAUUGAAUUAAUUAAACAUUUA